AUGAUUGGCGCUUCUUCGUCAACUCGUGAUCUGGCCAAUCCUUCAAUCUCGCGUCUUCUUUCACUCGCCGAGUCCCAACAGAUACGCUUUCGACUUCAUACACCAACGUCUGUUUCGCCUUUAAUCUGGACUGGAUCUCUGUCUACAUCAGGGUUUUCAUGUCCCAAUUCCAAUAUAGGUUGUUUGACCGUCAAUUCGUUCAAACCUUUUUACGACCUCACGGGAAACAUCGAUCCUCCUAACCUCAGAGCCGAUACAGAUGAUCACCCAAUCAAUAAAUCCAAAUCUCAACCUAAGUCCAACUCCAAAUCCAUAUCUCAAAUCCAGACGGAAAGAAUAUCAUAUGAGAUAAAUGCAGGACCUUAUUUACGACAUACGAUAGUAGAUCAUAUAUUAAGGAAAUCAAAACAAACUUGUAUAAUGAAUUUACCUACUAUCGAAGAACACAAAGAAGGUGUGUUCGAAGAUGAAAGAUCUCCAUGGAUAUCUACAUGUGAAAAUUUGUUUUGGUGCAUAUGGGAUAUCGCAAGAAGGUUGGCUAUACAUGAGGAUCGUAUAGGCUGGGUAGGUAAAGUUGAUUUAGCAAUUAUAAAACAUCCAAAUCAUACUUCAACCUGCACUUCCAGUUCUACUUCAAAUCUCACUCAGCAAUCGACGAGUAAAGUGGAUGGAUAUUCUUCGGUAUGUGACUACGAAGAAGAUGAAGAAGUCGCAGCUAGAGAUAUCGAGGUCAACAAAGGUCCAAGGGAAAUUUGGUUGAGACCUACAAACGUUUUGAGCCCAACUACUUAUCCAGGUGAAAUGUCUGUCUCACUAAAAGAACAAUAUGAAGCAUCGAGAAGAGCCGCUUCGUCAAGUGGUGAAAUCUUGUUCUUCGGUAGGAUCUGGGCGGAGAAUAUCACAUCAAACCUUGAAUGGACAAGGGAAGAUACCCCAUUCCAACUUCCAUCUCAUCUAUUUCAAGAACCAAAAUCAAACAAGUCAACCCACGAAAAAAGGAAAGAACCUCAUCGAUGGCUAGAUGAAUUAAUCUGGGAUCCAAAAACUGAUGAAUACUUGACUGCGUAUCAAAAAGUCAUGAGCAAAAGAAGAGACGAAAGCAGACUUACAGGAGAAAAGCCAAGUGGACCUUUAUGA